AUGGACAGCCUAGCUGGAGGCGAGCUAUCCAGCUACAGUACUCCGAACAUUCUCCACGCACUAGCGCUGAUACACAAUCCCACAACCAAGAACCAGAUUCGUCGGCAAGCAUCAGACUAUCUUGACCAGCUCAAGUCAAGCCAGGGUGCCUUGCAGCAUGGCCUCGCCUUGGGAGUCGACCAGAGUCAGCAGCCACUUGUUCGACACUUCGGCUUGUCCUUACUGGAACAUGUUGUCAAGCAUCAAUCUCACGAGUUAAGUGACGUCCAGAAUGAAGAGCUUAGGAGAUGCAUCAUCGAUCUUGGAAGGAGCAUCACAGCUCAAGAUCCUCUUUUCGUUCGCAACAAGGUUGCGGAGUUGUGGGUGGACCUGGCUAAAAGGAGCUGGGCAUUGGACUGGCUAGAUCUCGACCAGCUCUUGUGCCAAAGCUGGGAGCAAUCAAAUAUUCACAAGAGUUUCGUCCUCACUGUCCUGGAGAACCUCUCGGAAGACACCUUUUUUCGCGACGAUCCGACGGCCAUUUUGAGGGGAAGGGACCUCAACGCUGCGCUGGUAGAAAUUUUCACCUCGACUUCCGACUAUGGUGGCGGCAUCAGAGUCGGUGAGACCAUACACCACAUGCGCUGUGGUGAUGAAGGCUGGCUCUUCAGGAUCUCAAGCUUCCUCCAGGGCUCUUUCGGCCACGUGGGCGAAGAUGCCGAUGCGAAAACGACAACGCUGAAGGCCAUCGCCACACUUCGGUCGGCUUUCGGUUGGGUAAUGGCUCCCGCCAUCGAGACUGCGGGCUGUCUUCUCGUCACUUGCAAUUGCCUUACCCGCAGUGACGAGGACAUAAUUAUUUCUGCCCUUGAUGCUCUGAUUGCGCUCUACAGUCGCCAGCACCUCCAGGACGCGGAGGUUCAGACCCUUGUGUAUUCCCUUUGCCAAGCAGAAAGUGUUGGCAUACUACGCCAGGUUUACUCCUGGUCUAUCGUCAGCGUUGAUGACAUCCUUACCCAGCGAUACACGAUAUCCAAGAAGUUAUCGGAAUUGGUCUCGCUCUUAUCCGAUCUUGUCACCCGGACAGCCCCUCCAGAGUCCUCCUCUAUGGACAUUACAGCCUUUCUGAACUUCAUGAUCGCAAUUGCUCAACACGAUAGCCUAAUCGUGUCAAUUCCUGCAGUACACUCUUGGGAGCGUCUCUUUGCAAUGCCCUCAUGGCGCCGAAGCGAAGCUGUGUCUGGCUGUGUCUCUACUCUCCUAGAUGUAGUAUGUCCACGACUGCUGCAAUACGACCAAUUACCGGAAGACACAGAUGAACCGGCAGUGAUCUUUGUCAAUGAAGAGAUUGAGAUUUUCCCCGAGCGGCAGGGGUUUUACUUGAACUACCGCCGGUUGUGUUCCUCAGUCGUGGAAUGGGUGUGCUAUGUACACUUGGAGCAUGCUACAGACUUUGUCUUAUCUCAAGUCGAGACUGCUCUCGGCCGGGUCCGCACCGAGGAUGCCGCCUUCAACCCUGCCGAUUACAGACGCAUCAGUCCACUCGGUCUCCGCGCCGAUACGCAGUUCUCUAUCACGGAUGCUGCAUUCAAAGGUUUAGAUAAAUACCUGUCUGGGUCAAGGGCUCAUGCCACCGAGGAGACGAAAGAGAUAGGUGAGAGAGUACGCGAGAGAUGCAAGGCCUGGGCUUUGCGUAUGCUGGCCGACCAUCGUUUCAAGGACCCAUCGAUCACGCAGCGACAAGUCAAAACCGCAGUUGAGAUAUCGGCCCGAGCUUUCCAAAGCGAUACUGGCUUUGCCGUGGCAGUCCUAGAACAUAUUCUAGCCUCCUUCAUGCCUGCCAAGCCCGAAUAUCCAGCAUAUUCCGACGGCGUGACCGAGCUUCACUCAUACAAUGCCAUGGAGCUACGUCGCCUAGCCCAGUCCCAUGCUGAUUAUUUUGCCUCUUUCUAUGAGCAACUUAGCGGCAAGUUUGGGGACCUGAUAUCAACGCUCAAUAUGGACCCAAGGAUUCAGACAGACCUUAAAUCCAUUUUAUUCUUGAUCUUGCAGCGAGCGUCCAGUACAGAUCCCGAACAGCAGCGAUCCAGGCUCUGGACCUUUUUGGAACCUAUUUCCAACGCCUGGAAUGAUCCCUCGCUGCAAGAGGCACUGUCUAGCUUCCAAAACUACACCAGAUCGCAAAACUUUGAUGCGGUCGGACCAUUUCUUUCAUCAGUCAACGCCGGCCAAUUAGAAGAAUGGACAUCCACCUUCACCAACGAGAACGGGCGGCGGGUUCAGCAACAAAUGGUCGAAGCUUACAACCAGGUACCACUACGCGAAGCACGCAUUCUUCUGAGUACUUCGACGGAGCGGCUGGAGCAAGACUCCCCUGUGCACCACAUGAUCUGCGAUUUGUGGACGCCAAUAAUGCCCCAGAUCCUGCGUGGGGUCCUCCAGAUUGCCAGCUACAAUCAUCAAUUGCAUAAUCCAGAUUCGUGGCCAAAUGUAUCGCCAGAUCUGGCUCCAACGAUCAAACGCGUCCUCCGUGACCGUUACUGGCAGUCAGGCAUCUCUGAAGGAUCAAUGAACGACUUUCAUUCCAAAGUCAAGCAGACCAAAUCCACAUUGGAGGGUUUCGCGUCCUCAGUGCGCGGACGGAUUCGCACUAAUCUUGAACAGUGCUACAGCAUCAUUCACACAUUAGGUCGACUGGGAGAAAGAUUUUACAGCAUUCCUCAGGUUCCCGAGUUGAUUGCAGAAGCAUUGAUCUCGACCACGGGACCGUUGAGCCCUCACCACUUUUCUGUUCUACUUCUGAUGCUACCGAAGCUGAUCGAGGAGUGCCCGCCAGCGCUACGUCAACAUUUCCUGACUCCAAUUCUGUCUAUGCUGCUUCAGCAAAUCGAUCACAAGCUUGUUACUGAAUGGCAGACCAUGGAAGUAAGAAAGCAGACAAUGCAAGAGGGAGAGAGCCUAAGUGACGAAAUGCGUGACGAGUCCGUCCUCCGUCAGACGACCUACAAAGCUGUCAACAUGGUCUCUUUAUGGCUGAGUCCCAGACGCGAGUUCGAGCUGACCGCUAAGAAGUCCAUCGUCAAUGGUGCUCAUCUCAUGAACGGCAACAAGUCGCAGACGAUGUCUGAGUUCGUCCUAUCCAACCACCGCGUACUAGAGCCACUUCUCGUCUUCACCACACACGCCCUUACAUUCAAGGAUACGAAGGCCACUCAGACCAUGAUUGUCACUGCGCAACGCAUCAUCCCCGCCUUUGUGAACGAGCAAUAUCUCCAGGGCGAGGGAGCAGCAUCCGUGCGAGAAUACAUCUCGACGGAGAUACUAAAAGCUGCUAUCACUGCUCUCAACGACAGCCACUUCGCCGACUACCAGCAACACUAUGCCCACCUGAUCGCCAAUAUCUGGCUUGCGUACGGAUUACCUGCCCACGUCCCAGCCACUGACAAUCACCCGGCCCACGACCGUCCAUCGCUGACUGAAACGCCUCGCAAUGUCUUGCUUAGUCUACCGAACAUGGACGUGGCCAAGGUCGACGCAGCUGCAGAGAAACUUCUCAAGGAGGGCAUAAAUGGCAAACCAAAAAGACUCCGCGCUAUUGUACUGCAUCUUCUGGAGGGCGUUCGCGGAGUUAGAAUCAGCGACUUGGGUAAGAUCGACACGCGUGCGCAGCAGAGCAGGAUACUGGAGAAGUACAAACAGCGCGAGAGUUUGGCUAUGCAAGGUAUUGAUGGUAGAGCAGAAACGGAAGGCCCAGAUUUGGGAGGUGUGGCGGAUAUGUUCGGUGAGACUUGA